AGAAACUAGGAGGCACGGGAGAGUCGGCAAGGGGAAGAGAGUUUAUGUGACACUGACGGCAGCGGGCGAGGGUGGGAUGGGGGUGGGUGUCGGAGUAGGGGCACACGGAAGGGACGGAUAUCAUUGUGACACCGCAGGGACGCUCUGAGGGAACGGAUGUUGGUGUGGCUCGGGUGCACGCUGAACCUGCCGGCGGAACUGGGUGGCCAUGGGUAUGUGGGCAUCGCUGGACGCGGUGUGGGAGAUGCCGGCCGAGAAGCGCAUCUUCGGGGCCGUUCUGCUUUUCUCCUGGACAGUGUAUCUUUGGGAGACCUUCCUAGCACAGCGGCAGAGAAAGAUAUAUAAAACAACAACUCACGUACCACCGGAGUUAGGACAGAUAAUGGAUUCUGAAACAUUUGAGAAAUCUCGACUGUAUCAAUUGGAUAAAAGUACGUUCAGCUUCUGGUCCGGACUUUAUUCUGAAAUUGAAGGCACUCUUAUUCUUCUCUUUGGAGGAAUACCUUAUCUCUGGAGGCUUUCUGGACGUUUCUGUGGUUAUGCUGGCUUUGGAUCAGAAUAUGAGAUCACUCAGUCCUUGGUGUUUCUGCUGUUGGCUACACUUUUCAGUGCAUUGACGGGUUUGCCAUGGAGUCUUUAUAAUACUUUUGUGAUAGAAGAAAAACAUGGUUUCAAUCAACAGACGUUGGGAUUCUUCAUGAAAGAUGCAAUCAAGAAAUUUAUUGUGACUCAGUGUAUUUUAUUGCCCGUGUCUUCACUACUACUUUAUAUUAUCAAAAUUGGGGGUGACUAUUUUUUUAUUUAUGCCUGGCUGUUCACAUUAGUUGUGUCUCUGGUUCUUGUCACAAUCUAUGCUGAUUAUAUUGCCCCUUUAUUUGACAAAUUCACACCUCUGCCUGAGGGAAAGCUUAAACAAGAAAUUGAAGUAAUGGCAAAGAGUAUUGACUUUCCUUUGACUAAGGUGUAUGUUGUUGAAGGAUCUAAACGCUCUUCCCACAGCAAUGCUUAUUUUUAUGGCUUCUUCAAGAACAAACGAAUAGUUUUGUUUGACACUCUAUUAGAAGAAUACUCUGUACUAAACAAAGACAUCCAGGAAGAUUCUGGCAUGGGACUCCGCAAUGGUGAAGAAGGGGAUAAUGAAGAAAUAAAAGCUAAAGUUAAAAAUAAGAAACAAGGAUGUAAAAAUGAGGAGGUGCUUGCCGUACUAGGCCAUGAACUGGGGCACUGGAAGUUGGGACACACAGUCAAAAACAUCAUUAUUAGCCAGAUGAAUUCUUUCCUGUGUUUUUUCUUGUUUGCUAUAUUAAUUGGUCGAAAGGAGCUUUUUGCUGCAUUUGGUUUUUAUGACAGCCAACCCACUCUCAUUGGACUAUUGAUCAUCUUUCAGUUUAUUUUUUCACCGUAUAAUGAGGUUCUUUCUUUUUGCUUAACAGUCCUAAGCCGCAGAUUUGAAUUUCAAGCUGAUGCAUUUGCCAAGAAACUUGGGAAGGCUAAAGACUUAUAUUCUGCUUUAAUCAAACUUAACAAAGAUAACUUGGGAUUCCCUGUUUCUGACUGGUUGUUUUCAAUGUGGCAUUAUUCUCAUCCUCCGCUACUAGAGAGACUUCAAGCUUUGAAAAGUUCCAAACAAGACUGAGAUGCCCGGGUCUGUGACUGAAGACAUUUCUGAUUAUUUCUGUCCUGGCAGCAUGUUCUAGCUCUUGAUGUUUUUAAACUUUUGCUUUUUAAAGAAAAAUUACUAAGUACAUAAAAGCCCAGAUUUAAUUGCAUUCAAUAUCUCAUUUCAAAAAUGAUUUUAAUAAUCCAUUUCUUAAACACUGGAUGAAAAUUUGAGGCUUAAUGUUUUUUAAAGGCAUAGUUUUAUCUUUGAGAUCUAAUUUACCAUCAACUUGUAAAAUUAUUUGAGAAAAUAUAGAAUUUGUUUUAUUUAUACGCUUAAGGAAUCUGUACAUAAGGUGUUUCAGGGCAUAUAUUUAAAAGAAGGAACACCCCCUCUUUGUCCUUUCUGUGAGGCAGAAACAGUGGUCCCAAAUCAUUGUGCUCAUACCUAAGUUGAAAUUUGUUUUUUAUUUUCAUACUGUUAUGGUUUAACUCAGCCAAUCAGUGUUUUAAUAAAAAGGAUAAUAAUUGGUAAGGCUAAUGUUAUUUAAAUUAAAGUAGUUAGAAAUAUGCUCUACUGUUCUACCAAAAUUUGAAUUUCUCUCUUGCUACACAUUGAUCGAUAGUUUCUAAUAGUGAAAUUAGAAAUUAUGGGCCUGGCAAGAUGGCUCACACCUAUAAUCCUAGCACUCUGGGAGGCCGAGGCGAGAGGAUUGCCUGAGUUGACAGGUUCAAGACCAGCCUGAGUAAGAGCAACACCCUAUCUCUACUAAAAAUAGAAAAACUGAGACAAGAGGAUUGUUUGAGCCCAAGUUGGAGGUUGCUGUGAAUUAUGAUGCCAGGGCACUCUACCCAGGGUGACAGCUUGAGACUGUCUAAAAAAAAAAAGAAAUCAGAAAUUAUGUACAGAAUGUUUUUAAUCAUUGAGAUUUGUUUUUGUUUUUAAGAAAAUCUCAGUCUUCAUCUUUCUGUCUACCUGGUAGGUAUGUUCCCAUCAGGAGUAAAUUGUAGAUUUUUCUCAUUCAUUCAAUAAAUAAUGCAUCCUUUCACUUUGCAGAGAUUGCCACGUUGAAACGGGUUUUGCUAUGCUAAAAGUGGCAGAACAUGGGGUGGCGCCUGUGGCUCAAGGAGUAGGGCGCUGGCCCCAUAUACCGGAGGUGGUUGGUUCAAACCCAGCCCCGGCCAAAAACUGCAACCAAAAAAAAAAAAGUGGCAGAACAUGAAAAAAGAAAUAACAUUUUAAGAAACAUUAGGGUAAAAUCCUGAUGAAUCUCUUGUGAUAAUUCAGGAAAAAAUAUAUAGUUUUCUAUCUCUUUCAAGGACAGAAGAGUUUCAGUUUUUAUUUUUGUAAUUUUAAUCAGUAAGUCCUAUGUACUAUUUAAUCAGGUCUGAUUACCCACUUAGGAAAAUUAUAGUUCUUGAUAGGCAGAUAAUUUGAAAGCAAAUGUCAUGAAAGAUUUCCAAUUUUAGGAGAUGUAUGUUUGACUAAUCCAUAUCUCUGUCCACUUUCUGAAUGAGAACUUAUUUUGUGCCUAGAGCUCCUACUCACUGAUCAUGUUUACCUUCUGAGCAUUUAUUCCAAAGUGGGAUCAGCUGUGCACCUUUGGCCAUUAAAAACUUUUGCUCAGCCGACAUUUGGGUGAUGUCUCCACUUGGAAAUAUAAUAAAUAUAAAAAUCUA